AGCAGUAAGGCGUCGCGGCGAGACAUAUCUUCCAAGGGCGAAUACAGACAGAGGAUUGCUGCCGGGUGCCCUCAGACCUUUCCUCCUUGCGUAACGAGAAGGGAGUGCUGCACACAACGCCUAGGAGGAGCCGAGCGGAUUGAAGGCGAGUCAGAGCGGCUGUACGCAGCGAGCGGAGAGAGGGGUUAGCGCAACGUAAGACACAACCGCGAGCGAUCGAGGCAAAAGCAACAACCGGCGACUUACAGCUGCAAAGGAGAGGAGCGAAUACGACGCAACACCGGCAGUGGGAGCACACUGUGUUGGUGAGGUCGUUCGCCACUACCGAAAGAACAAGACGGAUUAAAAAAAACGCAGCACUCGAGGCAGGAAAGCGGGAACGCCCCACAACACAAGAGCUUAGUCUAAGCUUAUCCUCUCCCCACCGCGCUUUCGGUCUGCCUCCACCGCAACGCACACAAGGGGCAAAAAGGACCGGUGGUUGGUCCCAUGAGGCGAAAACAGCAGUCGUCGUCGGGCGCAGGAGCCGUGAGCAAUCACGACCUUUACGAUGCUGACCCGCCAAGGCCAGGACGCCUGCUCGGUAUGUCAGCACCUGUGUCGGCGCCACAAGGCGGCGCGGCCGCCUUCAAUGCCGCGAGCAGGGGAUUGAGCUUCCCGGGCGCAACUGCAGCGUCGGGGGGGGGGCAGGGGGGCGGGGGCGGGGGCGGGGG